AUGGUCGACGACAAAGCCCCUAACAGUGAAGCCGCCCCCGCAAAGGCCCAGCCGCCGCUGGCUGGCAAGAAAUCGCGCCGUACGCUGUCCUGCCUCAGCUGUCAAAAGCGCAAAGUAAAGUGCGAUCGCGUGAAACCCUGUCGAGCUUGCUGUAUGCGAGGCGUGCCGGCCGAAUGCGACUAUGGCACCACGAAACAUGACCGAGGGUUUAUUGACCAGUCGGACUUGAUUGAACAGCUGCGCGCCAAAGUUAGGAGUCUGGAGCAAAAGCUCAAUGAGCAGAACAGUGUACCACACGGGAGUGCUGCGGCUAUUAGUGACGCGUCCGACAAGUCUUAUGCCAAGACAAAUACGGUUUCCUCGGCAGCCAGCCUCCAAAAAGCACUGGCUGCGUCGCCGUCACCAGGGAGAUUCUUCAUGGAGGUGUUCGUCGGUGAACUGAUCAAUGCAUUCGCCCCUGACCCAUCAGACAUUCACGGCAGAGUUUUCGAUCUUCGCUCAGCGGCUGAAAAGCGGAUAUUCUCCCCGCUGCUAGCCGCAGGGUUUGACGCGACAGCUUUGAUCUUUAUUGGCCAGCGAGACCAAACCCAAAAAUUUGUCACCGCAGGGAACAAUCAAUAUCAUCGAGUUUUGAAAAUGUUGCAGAGAAUUGUCAAUGACCCUCAGCAAUGCAAGUCGACAGAAGCUCUGACUAUGGUCGUGCUUUUGACUGUGAUUGAGGCGUUUAAUCAAAGCUCACCGGGUGCUAUCUUGAAGCACCAGCAGGGUGGACUAGAACUUCUUCGGCUCCGAACACCGUACCGUCAUCGAACAGGCUUGGAACAGUCCCUUUUUGUUGAUCUUCGGAUGUUCUGGGUGACGACUGCGAUUUCUAACCGAAAGGCAACCUUUCUGGCUAGGAAUGACUGGAUGACGGUUCCAUGGCCGGAGAAUGGCCCCCAAAAAGAUAUACUCCAUUUUCUGUUGGAUAUAGCGGUCGAGAUUCCUGCAUUCUUGGGUGAUUACGACGCCUUCAAGUCUGCCCUAUUUCACGACAAGCUGCCGCAGGACGAACUUAUAUCUAUGCAGAACAAAAUACAAGCCACAGCGAUCACUCUAGAUCAGCGAUUACAGCUGUGGCAUUCUAUAAACGCGUCCACUUACGAACACGGGUACUUGACUGAACAGUCAGCAGAGGAAUUUGGGAACGAUAGUAGUGUCCCCCGUUUUCACUGUCGCGACGUGAUUACUGGAGAAAUAAGUCAGCCUCACGUUCUCGUGUAUCCUGAUUUGCUACUAGCCACCACCAUGUGUCUAUAUCGCGCUCUGCGCCUCGUCAUAGCUGGAGGUGAUAGUGACGGAUUCAUCAUGGUUUUGAGCCCUUCAGAGAGAUACCAACUAGCUGUUGAUAUCUGUCGAAGUAUACCGUAUUAUUUGCGUACUGUUCCUGGGUUUUUAGUGUCUCGCCUGAUGUUUGUUCUGCGAGUGGCCUUUGACACAUUUUCCGAAGGGACCAUCGAGCGUGAGUUCAUUCAGCAGCUGUUUGGUUAUGUAGGAGAGAAGUAUCACUUCCGCGUAUUUGCGAACCAGUGCUCCGAAUCCUCGACAGCGGUGCGAGCAAAUCGAUCAAGUAGCCCUUGA